AUGAUCAUGAUGACGGACGCGAAUGAUUAUCAUCGAUUGACGAGCUUCAUGCAUCAUAAUCAUGUUAUUCAUUUCGUGUUGUACACAAGAACUUCUUCCGGCUGUCGUGUGAGAAAAAAUACUACGAGACCUGCAACCUUUUUGCUUUCCGCGGACGAGGAAGGAGCGGCAGCCAUACCCAGGAGCCCGAGUACUACACCGACAGAAAGACCAUGUGAGGGGACCAGGACCUCCAGGGACGGAUUGACCAGGACCCGGCGGACAACGACAAGGAGCUUGCAGGACGAUGUGCGCGAAGAAAUCGACCCGGAGCUGGAGGAGCACAUGAAUCGGGUUGGACAAUACCACGGACGACGGACUCGCUGGAACGUGGACCUACGGACCGAGAACUUGUUUCUUGCGAGAAACGGCGGCGGGCGGUGGAGAGGGAGACCUCCAUACGGAUGGAGUAUUAUCAUGGGACCCGGCGGACGAACGAACGGUGGAAUUAGGAGACGGAUGGAUUACGGGCGGUGGAUUUUUUGGAAGGCACGAGUACUACGGAAGCCGCAUGGAACAACAUACCGACGAAUGGACGACCCGGACACGGUGGAUUUGGAAAAUUAUUCUGGGACAGAGAACCGCGCACACGAAGACGAACGCGACUUGCACCGUAUUUCAUCAUCUUCAGACACGCUCUGGAUGAUUGCAUGA